GGGAAGAACCGCUAGGGUGUUCCUGUAGCGUUCAAACCUGUAAGCAACCUCUGCAAUGGAGCAGCCUCCAGAGACGCCUACGGCCGGGGCUGAGGCCUGCGGAGAAGCGCGGGGUCUGCCGCAAGCCGCUGAGGAGCGCAUCGAGGACCGCAUCAGCCUGCUGCUCAGGCUAAAAGCGCAGACGAAACAACAACUCUUAGAAUAUAGGUCAAUGAUUGAUGCAAAUGAAGAAAAAACUCCAGAUCAGAUCAUGCAAGAAAAACAAAUUGAAAGUAAAAUUGAAGACCUGGAGAAUGAAAUUGAAGAUGUAAAAAGUAGUUUUGAAAUCAAAAGUCUUGCGCUAAACAGGAUGAAACUGUCAAUGGCACUUAAGAAUCACAUGGAAAACAUGGACAGCGAGAGUAGUGUGCUCACUGAUGACAUGAAGCACGUAUUAAGGCUACAGAAGUUAGUAAUGAAGUCGCAGGAGGAGUCUUCGGAACUAGAGGGGAAACUGCUUGAUGUUAGAAGAAAGAGACUGCAAUUAAAGCAAGCUUCAAGAAAUAAGCUUUUAGAAAUUCAAACUGAGAAGAACAAACAGAAAGAGGACUUGGAUAAUGUGGAAAAUUCAGAAAUGAUAAAGACUAUGAAAAAAAACCUACAGAUGGAGAUAAAGAUUACUACAGUUAUUCAAAACACAUUCCAGGGCCUUAUUUUGGGGAGUAAAGUCAACUGGGCAGAGGAUUCUGCCCUCAGAGAGACCGUGUUGCAGCUGGGGAAGGAUCUCGACACGAUCUAAUAAGAACCCCGUUUGGCAUUUUUAGGUUGUUUCUGUGCCCAGUCUGUCAUAUAAAUUGCUGAGUUCAUGGACAAUGUAAGUGGUGGUCUGGGGACCAUUCUGCUGCUUCAAGUUUGAGGGCUUGCGUUGAUGA